UGAAGUCGCCUUGCCCAAAGAUCAAAUCAAGGUUCCUCGGGCAAAGCACCAAGGGACUUGUCCUUUACCUUUCGUGAGAGUAAUCUCACGGUCCUGUAUAAAAGUUGUUUUCCUUUUGGCCAUUUCGAACCUGGCGUUAUUCGCCAGUGCAGCAUCAGUCGGACAAUUCUACCGAAGAUCUUCCCCUUGUAGAGUUUAGAACUAUGAAGUUUUCGCACUCAAUACAGCUCAAUGCGUCUCCUGAAUGGCAGGAAGAUUAUCUUGCUUACUCACAGCUAAAAAAAACUAUCUAUGCUAUCGAAAAGGCAAUGCUGGGAGUAAGUCAGCUCCCAGCAUCUCCCCACGAUAUUGAAGCAGGAGAGGGAGAAACGCCUCUGCUCAUCGAAGAGCAUCGACCGCUCUUGGCACAGCUUUCUGGGGAAGAGGGAAAUGCCUUUUUCACACGCGCUCUGGACGAGCAGCUGGAAAAAAUAUCAAGCUUUUACUCACGGAAGGAAAGAGAGCUAUUUGCCGAAGUUGAGGCACUUCAGGGGGAUGUGGCAGGUGUCGAGCGUGAUCAGGAACUAUGGGAUGGCCCGUUGUCGUUGAAGAGCCAUCUUCUGAACAGCCUUCAUCAUCUUCAGCAUCGCCCACCCGUGGCACGUGGCCCCGGAGAUGGAAUUCAGUUCCUCGUCCUGGUAUUGACGAAGCAGGCGGCUCCCCUUCCACCGAGCAUGUGUCAUCUCUCGUAUGGUCACUCAAGUCGUUAAAAGGGAUGCGAAACAAGUUUACCAAGCGUGCAACGGAUUUGUUCAUUGCUCUUUGUGAGCUCAAAGAUUACGUCGAGCUAAAUUACACGGGCUUCAGCAAAAUCUUGAAAAAAUACGAUAAAGUGACGGCAAAUAAGCUGCGUCGACAAUAUAUGGCGACAAAAGUGGACAUGGCGCUCCCGUUCCGCCCUCAGACGAAAGAUGGGCUUAAUCACAUGAUCGAUAGAGUCGUUGGCAUAUAUGCUAGAAUACAUACCGACGGCAAAUUGGGACUUGCACUGACGGAGCUGAAAGGAUACCUAAGGGAACGCAUCAUCUGGGAGAGGAACACUAUAUGGAAAGAUAUGAUCGAGCAAGAACGUAGGCGGGAGACGAUUGGCUUACGUCCAAAAGCCGCGGUAGCCAAAGAAGAGCAAAUAAAAAAGAGAGAGAUAACAAUAUGCGACCGCAAGCUCGUAAUCCCACCAAUUUCGACACAAUUGCUCAAAAUUUUUAUUUGCCUUGCCGUGUUUAUCUUCUUCCUCCUCUAUCCUUCUUUUGAAACACUUGAACAACGAUACUGUUUCGCAAUCUUGAUAUUUGCAUCGAUGCUUUGGGCAUCUGAGGCUCUCCCAUUGUUCAUUACCGCCAUCCUUGUUCCCUUCCUAGUUGUCAUCUUCCGAGUACUGCGUGUUCCGGCGACUGGACCUGACGGCCACCCCGAGUACCAUCGGCUCCCCGCAAAAGACGCCGCCAAAAAGAUCUUCUCGGAUAUGUUCGGGCCUGUGGUUAUGUUACUGCUAGGAGGAUUCUCCCUCGCUGCUGCAUUGAGCAAGCAUAAUAUUGCCAAGGGACUGGCAUCCUUUGUGCUUGGAAAGGCUGGAAGCAAACCGCAAUGGGUAUUGCUCGCCAACAUGUUUGUCAGCACUUUUGCCAGCAUGUGGAUUUCAAAUGUGGCUGCCCCUGUGCUCUGCUUUUCCUUGAUCACGCCGAUUCUGCGCAAUCUUCCGCAAAAGUCUCCAUACGCACGUUGUUUGAUCAUGGGAAUCGCUAUGGCCGCUAAUGUCGGUGGCAUGGCCUCUCCUAUCUCUUCACCCCAAAACAUCAUUGCUAUCGGCACCAUGGAUCCCGAACCAUCGUGGCUAGAGUGGUUUUCUGUGGCUCUCCCUGUCGUCAUUACCAUUGACUUGAUCAUCUGGGCGCUUCUCUUGUUUAUGUACAAGCCAUCGCCGCAAGAAGGUGCUGCACCGCCGGAAUUAUUUGGACAUUCGUACUUUGCGGAACAUCCAUUGACUCGAAGUCAAUGGUACAUUAUCGCUGUGUCCAUUUUGACCAUUAUUCUAUGGUGUACCGAGAGUGCUGUGGAAGGCGUUGUUGGAGAUAUGGGGGUGAUUGCGAUUUUCCCCAUUAUUGCGUUUUACGGGACUGGCAUGCUGACAAAGGACGACUGGAACAGUAUGUUGUGGUCUGUUGUCAUGCUUGCGAUGGGAGGCAUUGCUUUGGGCAAAGCCGUUGACUCCAGCGGCCUGUUAGCCGAGAUUGCCAAUGGACUUACGCCACAUCUAGAAGGCUUAUCGCCAUUCGCUUGCCUGGCCCUCUUCUCCGGACUUGUUCUUGUGGUCACUACAUUUAUCAGUCAUACAGUGGGAGCGUUAAUUAUCCUUCCCAUUAUUUUGAAGGUUGGGUCUGGUCUACCCGAGCCACGACCGAAUACCAUGGUCAUGGCGGCUGCAUUAAUGUGCUCUGGUGCCAUGGGUCUUCCCGUCUCAUCCUUUCCAAAUAUGAAUGCCAUUUCCUUGGAGGACCGAACGGGCACGCCUUGGGUGCAUGUCAGCGAUUUUCUGCGAGUUGGGAUACCAUCGUCGUUUGUUGCUUGGGUCAUUAUUUUAACGAUUGGAUAUCCCAUAAUGGGCGUCUUGGGUAUCCGGUAACCCUGAACAAAAUGAUACAAAAAAAAAGUCGGUUUAUCUUCUUUAUAGGACUCUUGGUUGUUGUGGUCAUGUAGCGAUUGGAGUAGAUGGUGGAUCGCAAAGAUUUCGAGAUAUUUGAACUGACGCUUCACAGAAUUUUAUAAAUACAGGAGUCGGCACUAUGCCGACAUGAUCAUUUAUCCUGAAUCGUCUAUACAAUAUAUUACAGAUCAUUCCUGCGGGGCCC